GCGGCUCCCGGCUGGCGGCGGCGCGCCCCCGGGCUGUGAAUGCGACUCGCCCCUCGGCCGCGCUCCCCGCCCGCCCGCCCGCCGGGACGUGGUAGGGGAUGCCCAGCUCCACUGCGAUGGCAGUUGGCGCGCUCUCCAGUUCCCUCCUGGUCACCUGCUGCCUGAUGGUGGCUCUGUGCAGUCCGAGCAUCCCGCUGGAGAAGCUGGCCCAGGCACCAGAGCAGCCGGGCCAGGAGAAGCGCGAGCACGCCUCUCGGGACGGCCCGGGGAGGGUGAACGAGCUCGGGCGCCCGGCGAGGGACGAGGGCGGCAGCGGCCGGGACUGGAAGAGCAAGAGCGGCCGUGGGCUCGCCGGCCGGGAGCCGUGGAGCAAGCUGAAGCAGGCCUGGGUCUCCCAGGGCGGGGGCGCCAAGGCCGGGGACCUGCAGGCUCGGCCCCGUGGGGACACCCCGCAGGGGGAAGCCCUGGCCGCAGCCGCCCAGGACGCGAUCGGCCCGGAACUCGCGCCCACGCCUGAGCCACCCGAGGAGUACGUAUACCCGGACUACCGCGGCAAGGGCUGCGUGGACGAGAGCGGCUUCGUAUACGCGAUCGGGGAGAAGUUCGCGCCGGGCCCCUCGGCCUGCCCGUGCCUGUGCACCGAGGAGGGGCCGCUGUGCGCUCAGCCCGAGUGCCCGAGGCUACACCCGCGCUGCAUCCACGUCGACACGAGCCAGUGCUGCCCGCAGUGCAAGGAGAGGAAGAACUACUGCGAGUUCCGGGGCAAGACUUAUCAGACUUUGGAGGAGUUCGUGGUGUCUCCAUGCGAGAGGUGUCGCUGUGAAGCCAACGGUGAGGUGCUGUGCACGGUGUCAGCGUGUCCCCAGACGGAGUGUGUGGACCCUGUGUACGAGCCUGAUCAGUGCUGUCCCAUCUGCAAAAAUGGUCCAAACUGCUUUGCAGAAACUGCUGUCAUCCCUGCUGGCAGAGAAGUGAAGACUGACGAGUGCACCAUAUGCCACUGUACUUACGAGGAAGGCACAUGGAGAAUCGAGCGGCAGGCCAUGUGCACAAGACAUGAAUGCAGGCAAAUGUAGACCCUUUCCAGAACACAGACUCUGACUUUUUCUAGAACAUUUUACUGACGAGAACAUUCUAGAUGACUCUGGGAAAUAUCAAGCAAAGGAGAGAAGACUUUUAAUGAGGAAUAAUGGAAAAUUGUUGGUCCUUUUGCUUUUCUUGAUAACAGUUACUACAACAGAAGGAAAUGGAUAUAUUUCAAAACAUCAACGAGAACUUUGGGCAUAAAAUCCCUCUCUAAAUAAAUGUGCUAUUUUCACAGUAAGUACACAAAAGUACACUAUUAUAUAUUAAAUGUAUUUCUAUAAUCCCUCCAUUAGAGAGCUUAUAUAAGUGUUUUCUAUAGAUACAGAUUAAAAAUGCUGUGUUGUCAACCGUCCUCACUGUGUACCUGCAUAUCUUUUUCAGUUCUGAUUCUAUCACCCGGGAAUGUAUGUUCCCCCUGCACAUUUUCACAGGGCAGAGUCACCCAUGAAUGGAUCAUAAGAUCUUAGACCAAUUUCCACUGAAACCCUGUUUAAAUUCUAUUUAAUUACAGACGUAUAUCUAAUGUUGAUCCUUAGAAAAUUUAGUCUAUUUCACAUAAAUAUAUUUCCUUCCUUCUUACAAUAAUAUACUGCUUUUAUCUGCUUCGUUCUUAGUCAUUUGUGAAAUGCAGGUGUAAAGAUCACGAACUCACACUUUCUCAGUUCUUUCCCCUAAGCUCCUGUAUUGUAGACCAUAGGUAAACACAUAUGUAUUUCAUUCUUAUUUAUAUUACUUUCUCUUCUAAAUAUAAUUUUAAUUCAUUCCCUAUAUUGAGGAAUAUAGGCUGGAAAAUUUGCAUUACUGUUCCAUCAAGCUGAAGCAGGCAACAAAAUAGGGGAGGAGUCCUUUGAUUCUACCAGGAGAAUCAACAAAAAUCGAACUCCUGAACAAAUUUAUAUACUUGAAACCUAAAUGUGCUACAGAUAUCUCAGCUCUCAGUUCAUUGGAAUCAUAUUUGUCAUCAGAAUGAGUCAUCUAUCCUCCAUAAAGUACACAGUUAAAUCCUGACUGAUAAUGUUGAAUUAGCCACCCUUCACAUGCAGAGUGAGAAAGUUCUUCUGUUAAAACAAGUCUGAAGGCCAAUUGUUCUACACAACUUUCCUGUAGUUGAUAUAAUUCCAAGCCAACUUCUUUUCUCUUCACUUGGACAGAGUGAAGAGACAUAAAAAGCCACUGCCAAAUCCUUCUAAUCUAAUCAAGGCAUAUUAGAAAAUAGUUGUAUCUUUAUCAAUCAUAUCAACAUAGGAUGCGUUGUGAAAGAGGUAAUUGGAGUCUUAAUAGGUGUAGGAUAAAAAAAAGCAACACUAUCAUCAUUAUUCAUGUCUCUAAAGGAUUAAAAUAUACAUAAUCAUUAUUUGAAGCCUUUAAAGGGAUUUUCCAUAUUUUUGUUUAUUCUAAAAUUUUGCAUUAAGAACCUAUUAAGUACAAAGCACUUGUGAUGGCAACAAGGGAAUAAGGCUUGAUUUCUUGCCUUCUUGGACUUUUGGCCUCUGGCAUAAGAAGUAUAGGUAAUUAUAAUGUAUUGUGUUAAGAGCCAAACUAAGAGAUCAGAAAAUGGAGAUUAGAGAGACAUCCUAAAGAGAAUAUAGAGAGCAUGAAAAAAAUUAUUAUAUAAAAAAUUCAAUCAUUAAAGACUGAAAAAUAUUUGAGAAAAACAGAUACAUCUAUCAUAAUUGAAAAAUUAAACUGUUGUGAAACUUAGUAAAUAUAAAGAUUCCUCUGACUGAGUCAUCAAAACAUUUACAUAUAAUCAUUUACUUUUUAUCUUGUUCAUAAAGAACAUCUUGAGCCAAAGGGACUACAGGUACAUAGGCUUCAUGAAACUACUCAGGGAAAUUAUUAGCUAACUGCUCUCAGCUGUAAUCAGCUUUCAAAAAAAACCUUUAUUAUUAAAGACUGCUAGACAUUGGCCAUCCCUCCUUUAUUCAAGGAUGGAUUGUUAGAGACAGCUAUUUAAAAUUGUCAUUUUGCUAAUAAAUGACCCUAGCCCCAUGGGUAGGUGGCCCUUAGUAACCUCUUUAUUCUUUGAUUUGCAUGAUGCAAUUAAAGACUCCUAAGUCCAUGUGGCUCAAAGACUUCCUGUUUCCCUUGAUAAUAAUUCCUACCAGAAUGGAUGAUGAACUCUGAAAUCAUUGCAAUGGUAUUUUCAAUGCUGUGAGAAUUUCAGAAAACCUAGUAUUUUGUUGCAUAUAGAGAGAACAAACAUAAUAUCAUCUUGGGAAAUUAACUAAUUCACUUGCUCUAAACUUAGUGUGACCUGCACGGUCAUAGGCACAUACUCCUAAGAGCUGAAGCUCAGUGGCUGUUACUACACCAGAGUUCCCUCUCCAUCUCUGAUUUCAACCCCUCAUUUCUUUUCCCUCAUAGAAAUACUACAUAAACCAAACCCAUGGAAGAACUUGGAUUGAUGACACUGCACAUACUCAUUAAUAAUAAUGGCAUUAUUUUCAUUUUUGUCCAAGACCAAUUUCUUCUUGCAGUUAGACUUUCACAACUGUACAGCUAUCUCAGACAUUCUAUUUUCCUCUCCUCUGUUGUCAAAGAACUCUUUGCUGAGAUUAUCAACAACAAACCUGUUCUAGUGAAUAAAUAUGCUAACUUCAAUAACUGCCCAAUAAAAAGAGGAAAGUAUAAGUUACUCGAUUUCAAAAUAAUAUGGUUUGGAGAAGCACAGAAAAGGGGGCCUCAGAAUUCAAGUAUGGAAGUUCUGGAAAAGCCAUAAUCAUUAAAAUUCAAAUAGGUCUGCUCUAUAAGUACCUAAUAAUUGUUAAACGAUAUAUUCAAGUUAAUAAACUGAAGCGUGCUUACAAAUGUAUUAAUGAAUUUAUUUCAAAUUUUUCAACUAUAUUUAGAUCUAAAAGUAUAAAGCUACUCAUGUAAGCAAUACAAUGGUUCUGGAAGUUAUCUGAUGUCUUAGAGGUUUUCAAGUUAAAUUCAUUCUUUCAGUCACAGGAUACUUACUUGUUGGGUGGAUUAACAAUACUUUUUAUUGACAUUUCCCAGAAGUCUUGAGUAAAGUCAGCUCAAAAACUUGUAUUUCAUCCCUGCAUGCAACAAGCAUUAGAUGCACUUGAGCCUGGUCAAGCCUUGCUAUAAUAUUGCAGCUAGUGCAGAUGGAGAGGCACAGUAUCCUUGACAUCAAGGGGUCUGUAAGCCUUGAAAUAAAUUUACAUUUGAUUGUAUUACUUUUAAUCUUUUGAUACUUAAAAUUUCAUCAUCUGCUUUGUGCAGUAAAACAUGCUGAGAAGAAUUCUCAUACAGUUUUACGUUUGUAACAUCAUUAGUAUGUCUAAUAAACUCUCUUCUCUACUUCUCCAACAUAAAUGUUACAUUUAUACAAGGCUAAAAAGUCCUAACAAAUCAGAAAAUUCAAAUCUUUCUUUAAUAUCUGUUUUUAUUUUAAGCAGUGAAAUGGGUUUAUAAAUGUACACAUUAUCUGAAACUUACAAAAGAUAUACUAUUUCAAACAAGCAUUGUUGGAAACUACAUCCAUUAAGUGUGGACUAUUUAAACAUAUAAUAAACAAAACUAUUGACACAAAACUAUUAUUUUAAAAAUACUAACGAUUCGCUAAAUUUGCUUCAAUGGGCAAGAGAUCAAUCCUACUUUUCAUUAUUCUUUUUAAUAUCAUAUUUUUCCCCAACACAAUGUAAUAAGAAAAGAAGAGUAUCAGAUGUGCAAAUAAGCACCAUUGAUAAAAACAUACAUGCUUCUUUGGCCAACAUAAUUUGUAACUUUCUUACUGAACCUACUUACCUACUCAAUUUCUUUUCCUCACUAGUAGUGUCUGUGGAUGGUUGAUAAAAUCAGUAACUAUUCUGAAGAAUUAGAUAGACAGAGAGCAAUUUACUUAUUCAGGAAUAAGGGCAUUUUUACAGUACAUAUUUUUCACAUUCCAGCUGCCACUUCCAAAGCUCAGGUUCUCAUUGCUCCACAGCACAGAUUAAACAGCCUAUUUAUACCAUAUCCUCACUCCAGACUAACCUCUUCAGUCUACUAUUUUAGUUUUCUAAAUGUAGAUCUAGUUUUCAACUGAAUUCUUUAUUUUGAGGAUUGCAAUCACACACAAAAUAACAUCCAAACUCCUCAGCAUGGAAGACUGGUGUCUUCACAAUUAGAUCAUGGACCACACUAUGACCCAGGCCCCUGUGGCUGGUGAAACCUCUGGGCCCUGGGUACUGGAAACUAUACUCUAAACAUGGUCUCUACUAUCCCAGAUCCUGCUCUGAGUGUCCUCUGCAGCACGUUGAGAUAAUAGCCAUUUUCAAUGGUCUAAUUCAAGUGCCACUGCUGGUAAGAAGGCUUCUGUAGUUCUCGUUGGAUGAAUUGUCACUCUAUGUCCCAGUAAUAGUGUUAAUUUUGUUUCUUAUUUUAACAUACAAUUUAGAAAUCGUACCAUAUUUUGAAUAAUAAUGUUAUGCUUGCUGCUUCUAUUAUUUACAAAUCCCUUUAAUUCAGACUGUGAGACAUUCAAUCCUGAAAACCACCCAAUAUCUUUAUGUUAAAGGCUUGUUGAGUUAUAGUCAAUCUAUUAGUUCAGAGUUAUUUACUAUUCUUGUUUAAGGACAAUGUAUAUAUUAAAGAGCAACUAAAAGCUCCCAUUACUGUUUGCCAUCCCAGUUGUCUUUGGAUUUCUCUGUUAACUUGCAAGUAUCAAAUAUCUAAGUCACAGACCCUGAGACACACCAAAUACACCAAAUACCCCAUGGUGGUUUUAGGAUGAAGUCUGACAGCUGUUGGCCAUUUCUGAUGCAAGUCAGAAAAAAAAUUACCUUUGGUGUGAAAUUUCUGAUGCUGAAGAAACUUUCUUGUAUUGAAGACACAUUGGCCCUUUAUGAUAAAGAAGUCAAGUUUACAGCUUCAAUAUUUAUUUACUUAUUUCUAAUUUCUGAAAAACAAUUUUCUUAGCCUUUUAUUUGUGGUAUUGAGUAUUUCUGCAUGUUUUAAUCUUUCUAAAUAAUAUUAUUAAACACCUCAAUAGGUAUCUAGUGAACUGACAAAAUAAUGAGCCCAGUCAUUUGUACAGAAAUGUAGUAGCUUCCAUAACCUGAAUGAUAACUAUUUAAAAGUGAUGGUUGUCUAUAUUUUACAACAGUGUCAAAUUUCACUCUAAAUUUUGCAAAGCACCUGCUAUCCUAGCCUAACACACAAAUUUAGAAACUAAUUCCAAUGCCUAAUUUUUAAAUGAAUAAAUUUCAUUGACUAUUAAGUGACACUGACAAUCACCCUGAAAAGUAUUCAGCCAAAGUUUCAACAGAAUUAGGAAAUGUAAAUGAAAAUGUGCUCUCAGUGCUUGGCCUAUGAGUAGUUUAUGAUUUAAGACAUGCAUGCUGUUUAACUCCUUCCUUUAAAGUUCAGAAAAGUACAUAAAGCUUCUGACUGACUUAUUAUAUAGGCACAGAAUUAUCAAAAGCAAUCAAAAUAUAUACCUAAAGUCAAUUUAGUAUAUUAUGAAUACAGCCUGAUGACUAAAAACAAUUGCAAAUAUUGCUACUUUAGUUUUUAAUUCAAUUUUCAGUAAGUAGAAAUAUUUCUCAAUUUUAUUUAGUAUCUAAUUGUAUUAAGAUCAAUGCAUACAUUAAAGUACAUUUAUAUGAUUAACAUUUAAUGAUCAUUAUUUUACUUAAUGAUUAAUAUUUUCCAUUAUUUGAAUUUCUGCAAUUUAUGUUUUAAAAAGAACUGUUUCCAAACACAUUUUAUGGAAAGAUUUCAUUUUUCCAUUCCCUUUACUUUUAUAUAUGCAUUGUCAAAUAAAUACAAUUCUAUUUUUAUUUCUAUUAAAGUUCAGGGUUUAUUAUUUUCCUAAGCAUAUAACUCUUAUAAUUAUAAUGGAAAAAAAGUGACAAGCAUCCAGUAAUAAAAACCUAUGAAACUAUUAACGUUCUUUACAUUACCAAGUAGUUUCAUAGUUUUAAAAAGCCAUUCUAAAGCAAUCAAUGAAUGUAUGUCAUUGGCCAAAAGUUAUGCUAUGUUUCCUUCACUUAUUAUCACAUUUAACCUCAUAAUUCUCCCAAAUAGUGGGCAAUGCUAUCACCUUAGCUGCAGAAAAGUAAAUAUAGGCUCAGGGAAAUUUAAAAACUGCCUUAAGAUUCAGUCUAGUGUGUGAGGGGUUGAGUUAAGAAUCCAAAUCUGCUUUAUACCAGAGAUCAUGAUUUGAAGUCUUACCAUUUGUGUUUAGGCCAGGGACUUCUAGAAAUUAGACAGAAAUUUCCAAAAUGGUCUUUCAUCCCACCACCCAUAAGUAAGAUAAUGAAUAGCAACACAGAUCCCUAAUUCUAGAAUGCUAAUCGUGAUACUUGUCAAAGUAAAUAGCAGCUCCUCACAAAAAUGUUGUGACCUCCCUAGUUUAAAUGCUUAUUCUAUAUUUUGAUUCCUAAAUCUACUCUUUUUGAAAAUAGUAGUCAAGCAUCAGGUUGUUUAGAUAUGAUUGUUACAUUGAAAUUUACAAAAUAUAACCAAAUAUUGUGACCCAAUUUUUCUGGAGCCAAGAGAAGUAAAUUGCUGUUUUUUAGGUGAUGAUUACAUGACAAACACUACAAUUUCAAAUUUUGAAUUAUUUUAUCUGAUUUCUUCAUUUUAUCAACUCUGCUGUAUUGAUGAAGAAGUCAAGAUAUGGUGGGUAACUUAUCCAAAUUUCAGUGAUGGGCCGGGUGCAGUGGCUCAAUCCUGUAAUCCCAGCCCUGUGGGAGGCCAAGGCAGGCAGAUCAUUUGAGGUCAGGAGUUUGAGGCCAGCCUGAUCAACAUAGUGAAACCCCAUCUCUAUUAAAAAUACAAAAAAAAUUAUCUGGGCAUGGUGGCGCAUGCCUGUAAUCUUGAUUACUUGGGAGGCUGAGGCAGAAGAAUCCCUUAAACCCAGGAGGUAGAGGUUGCAUGAGUGGAGAUUGCACCACUGCACUCCAGCCUGAUUGACAGAGUGUGACAAUGUCUCAAAAAAAAAAAAAAAAAAAUCAGUGAUGGAACUGAGCCCAAAUCUGUCUGAUUCCAAAGCUGUCCUGCAUGGGGCAGAGUCAGGACUGGAAUGGAUACCUCUGCCUGCUUCCAAAUAUUCUUCCCUGGACAGCAGCUAUGAGUGUUACUCAAUCUAUUUAUUGAUUGCGUUCUACAUGUCAAAUGCAGUUUAGGCCUGGGUGAUAAAGCCAUAUAUGGUCUUUGGGCCCACGAAGCUCUGAGUCAAGUAUACCAGCAGAUAUCAUUAAACCAAUAAAAAAAAAGUGAUGGCAUCACAUGCCAUUUUGAACUUUUACAUUAAAGUCAUUAACUUACAUCAGUAUAUGCUUUUAAGUAAAGUUUUGCUGUUUCCUGAUUCAUAGUAGCUAGUGAUAAAAUUAUGAAGUUACUAUUGUAUGUUCUAAUGACAUAAAAAACUAAGUGCCUGCUCCAGCUAGUUAUGUUCUCCAAUAUACCCUGUACAUGUAUUUUUUAUUUAAUCCUCACAAACCUCAGUUUAAUUUAAUAUAGAUUAAUUAUAAAAGUGAUCUACCCAUGUUAUAUAAUGUUAAACCUGUAGUUUCAAAGUGUAUGCUAUUUCUUAAAAACAAAGAUUGUCCCCACUCCAAACAAUAACAGCAAUGGUGAAGGUCAUGGGUGGACAGAGGUUGUCCCACCUGACCCCAGGGGGCUCAGCCACCAGUGGCCGGGUCUAUCCACUGCUCCCACCCCCACCCUAUUUUCUCUCAAGAGAAAGAUUUUCAUUUUAAGAUAGGCAUGAGUGCAAUAAAGGAGAUUGAUACAAAAUCGUUGUGUUCUAUAUAUCUUUUUGUAGGGUGUAGAUUAAUUAUGGCCAAUUGAUACCUUAAAAAAUGUCUGUUACAAAUAGCAACACGGAAGUGAGAUUCAAAAUGUGCCCUCUAUUGAAGCUAAGAAAGUAAAUGUCUUUAAAAUAAACAUAAUGGACUUUUUUUUAGUAGAAUAAACAGCAUACCUACACUUCAGAGGACAAAUCAUGUUAUAUAGUGACCAGGAGGGAAAGUAAAAAGAGAUAUUUGGAUAUAGAAGCAAAAUGGAAAUGUUGAAAUUUAGGGUAGAGCAAAACUGAGGUUUGUGUGAAACAUUUAACAUAUUAAGAACUAUGACUUAAAAACUCAAAAAUUUUAAUACAUGAUAAAUCUCUUUCUUAAGAAAAAUAAUGAAAAUGGGAUUUGGAUGAGAUAAUUUUCCUUUAAAUUUUUUUCUCAGAAUUAUGUAAAUUCUCCAGCUGGCAGCUCAUAUUUCUGUACAUGCAUGCAUCUGUACAAACGGUUAAACAGUUUCUCUUUCAAUUCGCUGCGAUCGGAAAGCUAGAUAUAAAUAUAAGCAAGGGUCUGAUUAAAAGAAAACAAAGCAGACAAAAGACAAGGGAAGCAAUGCAUUGUUGGCCAGAAAUUCCUUUUAAGUCAGAUAAUCACAGAUAGUUGGAGCUAAGCAGUGAAGAGUGUAGGGGAACGGGGAGAGACUCUGCUUGGCCGAGUUUGCUAUCCUCAUUUGUCUAUGUCAGUACAGCUACAUGAAGUCCACAACUAUUUGCAUAUAGCUAUAAAUGUAGCAUGAAUAAUACACAUACAUAUUCACAUAUGUAUUUAAUUGUUUACUAUUUAUAAUUUGAAUUAAUUUUUAAAAUAAUUUCAAAUACUUCUUCCAUAAACUCAGUAUUUGAAAACUUAAAAAAAAGUCAUCUUAAAUGAUAUCAUUUAUCAAGUCUGUGUGAUGCUUUACAAGGUAUCCGGUGAAUGUAAAAUUAUAGCUUUUUGUCUUCAUUUUAAUAGGCUGUUGUAGGAACAAUGUACUUAAGUGCUGUACUUACUACACUUACAAAUUUCAAACAGUUUCUAUAGACUGAGAACAAUGUUAUGUUUUUAUAAAUUAUUAGGUGAAAGUUUUCCAGUAAGUGUUCAUGUCCUAUACAAAUUUAUUAAACAUCAAUUUUACAUAACAACUGUAACCAUUAAUAAAUCGUCAGUUACCACUUUUCCUGCAUAUCUGACAGAUGGAGAACACUGUGCUUAGUGUUGAAGAUACCAAAGGGAACUCAAGUGAGGGGAAAAGAGGAGAGCAAACUGAUCAAAAGGGAAUGCCCAUGAUGCUUUCAGGAAUCAAGGGUGAGAACAUGCUGGCUGGAGGAUGGGUCUGGUUUCCAGCAGAGAUGAUAGGAGUUAAAUGGCAUAGGUGAGUUGUUCCCAUCCCUGGCCUGAGCCUUACUCCAUAGGUAUAGAAACACAGUCUCUAGAAACAAAGGCCAGAGUAUCCUUUAACUUUUAUAUCAUAAAUAUUCUCAAUAAAUGUUUGCAAUUUAUUUGCUUUAAUGUAACUUGCCAGUAAAGACUUUGGCCUUUGGAGGUCUGAUGCUAAUCCCAGUUCUACCACUUACUGGUUAUCUAUCAGGUACACGUUACCUACCUCUCUGUAACUUAGAUUGCUCAUCGGUAACAUGGGGAGAGUGGUAUCAACCACUAGGAGGAUGAAAUAAGUGAAUAUUUGUAAAACACGUAGCCUAGAAUAGAUAAAUAUUUAUAAAGCACAGGUCUAUUAAAAGUGUUUAUAACAUAAUACAUUGAAAAUAUGAGACUAUUGAAAUUAAAACAUUUGGAAGAUUCUAAUAAAUAAAUAAUUUAAUUCAGUGCUCAUUUGAAAAAUAUUCUAUCCUCAUGUUUAAAUUUAACAUAUAUAAUUUAUAUAUUACUUUUUAUCCCAUUUAUAUAUAUAUUUACCAGAAAAAUGUUUUGUAAUACCUUAAUUUUAUGUGGAGCUGAAUUUAAAUAAUUAGGCCUAAUUUGUAUGUAUUGUUGGAUGGGUAUGUGUAUUGAACUGAUUUAUAAAAUAAAGUAUUUAUUAAAC